AUGGGCGGGCGGGUGACACGCGUGUUCCGGACCUUCAACGUGGAGAGCCGGGCCCGCCGCGAGAUCAGCAAGGAGAAGCUCACGCCUGCGCCGCGACACCCCACGUCCCGUAGCAACGAGCUGCCGGCGCACCCCGAAAUAGAAGCAGAAGUCCGCAGGAAGGACGCCAGGCUGCUGAGCUUGCUGAAAGACGUUUAUGUGGAGUCCAGGGACCCCCCUGCGCGGGUAAAAGAUGGAGGUGGUGAACAUCUUCCAUCUAAACUGGAGGAAAAGAGACUUACAAAACUAGGCCACCUGGGAGAUCUGGAUGUUAAGAAGGUUUCCAAAGGCAGAAUUUCCAUUGUGGAGGCUCUGACGCUUCUGAACAAUCAUAAACUUCAUCCUCAAACAUGGACUGCAGAGAAAAUAGCAGUGGAAUACAGUCUGGAACUGAAGGAUGUCCACUCUCUUCUGGAAUACUUCAUUCCUUUUACUGUGCAAGAAUUUCCUAAAGAAACAAAAAAAGCUAUAAAGCCAACAUAAA